UGGCCCGCCUCUUCCCCUUGUAUUUUCCAGCCAUGAGCGCCUCCCAUUCGCUCCUGUGGGCAGUGGACGUUUUGGGGAGGGUGUACACCUUAGCCACUACCGGCCAUUAUUGGGAGCUCUGCAGGGAUGGCGAACUGGAAUUUAAGCGGGUUUCGGUCGUCAAGCAGUGCUGCUGGGGGCUGGCUUGCGAUCAUCGCGUCUACGUUUACGUGCACGCCAGCGACGUCCCCAUCCGACUCCAAGAGGAAGCCUAUGAGAAUCAGCGCUGGAACCCGGUGGUCGGCUUUUGCGCCAGCCUGCUGCCCAGCGACCGCUGGCAAUGGAGUGACGUGAGUGGGCUGAAGCAUCAGCAGCUGGAAAGCUUUGCGCUGCCGUCUCCUCACUGGGAGUGGGAAUCUGACUGGUACGUGGAUGAAAAUUUUGGAGGGGAACCCACAGAGAAAGGGGGGUGGGCCUACGCCAUAGAUUUCCCAGCUACGUACACCAAGGACAAGAAGUGGAAUUCUUGCGUCAGACGAAGGAGGUGGAUUCGGUACAGGAGAUACCAGGCGCGGGACACGUGGGCAAAGAUUCCAUCCCAUCAAGAUCCGAAGCAGUUGCCAGAUCCUUUUAAUGACAUCUCCGUGGGAGGCUGGGAAAUUACCGAUGAACCCCUGGGGCGACUGUCAGUCUGGGCUGUCUCCCUGCAAGGCAAAAUUUGGUAUCGGGAAGAUGUCAAUCAUCACAAUCCUGAGGGAUCUUCCUGGACCUUAAUACCUGCCCCAGGUGAAGCAAUACAGAUCAGCUGUGGAGCGUAUGAUCUCCUCUGGGCCACCUGUUGGGAAGGACAGGCCAUUGUGAGAAAAGGAAUUGACCGAAACAACCCACAGGGAACGUCUUGGACAAUUGUGGAUCCACCAGUUGCCGAUAAUGGGAUUUUGCAUGUGUCUGUUGGGGUGAAUGUGGUCUGGGCAGUCACGAAAGACAGAAAAGUCUGGUUCAGGCGAGGCGUGAACUCUCACAACCCUUGUGGCAACAGCUGGAUCGAGAUGAUUGGUGAAAUGCAGAUGGUGGAUGUGGGCUUAAAUGACCAGGUUUGGGGGGUCAGCUGUGAGGACCGAGCAAUUUACUUCCGUCAAGGUGUCACGCCAAGCGAGCUGAGUGGGAAGUUGUGGAAAGCGAUUGUCUGCAACCGAGAGAGCGACCGAUCUCAAACCGGCAGUUCCACCAGCCUUCUUAGCGCUGGCUGCUUCUUCACGGAUGACAUCAAAGAGCAAAGCCAUUCCGCCUUUCAGAGUGAUGGAGAUUCCCAAGGGGAGUCAGAAUCCGUUCUACACAAUGCCCGUCUCCCUGGGACCGUCUCUGAGGCUACCAGCGGUCCCCAUCUGGCCCCGGAGCUGGAUAUGGACCCGUUGGCCACUGUUCUUGAGGAAGCCAUUGCUGGGCCAGAUGGAGACCUUCCAGGUGCCCCAGAAAAACCCCUUUCCAACCUGGACUCCCUUCCGUCAAAGCCUCAGUGGUCUAACAUCGAUCUGAAAGAAGCCAGCAGGCCUUCCAGAGCAUCUGCCAGCGUGUUUGCAGAGACAUCCAGCCUGUCGUCCUUCUUACCAGCGGGUGUCGAGGAUCACUUUGUGACCGACGAGCAUCCACUGUGGACUUGGGUCUCCAGCAGGGGCUGCCUUGUGGAUUCGCAGAGCACCCUAAAAUGGUUCGCAGCUCAGUCCGCUUUAAACUCCUGCGCACAGUCCUUCACUCUUUCUCUCAGCCCGAGUCAGACCACCCUGUGGAGGAAGCAAAUCUUUCGCCAGCUUUCCGAAAGGACCCACCGGGAGUUGGACAACUUCAGACAUUACGAACAGGCUGUUGAGCAAUCCGUCUGGGUCAAAACUGGAACUUUGCAGUGGUGGAGAAGCUGGAAGCCUUACCGUUGGGUCGACGUGCAGGUGGCCCUUGAACAGUUCACUGCAAACGAUGGGACCCGGGACAGCAUUCUCUUUGUGUACUACACACACAAUGAGGAAAAGAAGUACAUACACAUGUUCCUCAACGAAGUUACUAUCCUAGUUGAGAUUCUGAACGAGGCCAAGCAUUCUUUCGCUCUGUAUACACCAGAGAGGACCAAGCAGCGAUGGCCCAUCCGCCUUGCGGCAGGCACCGAACAAGAAAUGCACGACUGGCUGGCACUGCUGAGCAUGUCUUGUUGUGAGGGCCGGCAAAUCCAGGGGCCCCCUUCUCGUGAAGCCAUCUGGUCGCUGACCUGCAAAGGCGACAUCUUUGUGAGUGAGCCCAGCCCUGACCUGGAGGCUGUAACACACCCGAUGCCCUGUGACCAAAUGUUUUGGCGUCAGAUCGGAGGACAUCUGCGCCUGAUUGAAUGCAACAGCGACGGCAUCGCGUGGGGAGUGGGAUACGACCACAUGGCUUGGAUUUACACUGGGGGAUACGGAGGAAGCUUUUUGACGGGUUUGGCAGGCAGCACUGAGAACAUUCAUGCGCAGACGGAUGUAAAGUGUGUCUAUAUUUACGAGAAUCAGCGGUGGAAUCCUGUGACUGGCUACAGUAACAGAGGCCUACCCACAGAUCGGUAUAUGUGGAGCGAUGCAUCUGGCCUACGCGAGUGUACGAAAGCUAACACCAAACCCCCAUCACCGCAGUGGUCUUGGGUGUCUGGCUGGUCCAUCGACUUCAGUGUCUCAGGUGGGACUGACCGAGAAGGUUGGCAGUACGCAGCAGACUUUCCAGCGUCUUAUCACAGCUACAAAACAAUGAAAGACUUUGUGCGUCGGAGACGCUGGGCCAGAAAAUGUAAAAUUGUCACAAGUGGACCAUGGCUGGAAGGGCCUCCAAUCGCUUUGCGGGAUGUUUCUAUCAUGUCACGACCUCCUGGGACUAAGGAAGAGUUUGUUCCUCUUUGGGCCAUCAGCGAUAAGGGGGACGUGCUCUGCCGGCUGCACGUCACUCCCCAGAACCCAGCGGGCACCUCCUGGCUGCAUGUGGGAACAGACCAACCCUUUGUUUCAGUCUCCAUAGGAACGUUUCACCAAGUCUGGGCUAUUGCACAAGAUGGCUCGGCAUUCUGUCGGGGCUCAGUGUCUUCGGAGAAACCAGAAGGUGAAUGCUGGUAUCACAUUCCUUCUCCUCUGAAGCAGAAGUUAAAGCAAGUCUCCGUGGGACGAACAGCUGUGCUUGCCGUGGAUAAAAAUGGUAAUCUGUGGUUUCGUGGUGGAAUCACACCGAGUUACCCUCAAGGAUCUAAUUGGGAACAUAUUUCAAACAACAUCCGCAAAGUUUCUGUUGGACCCUUGGACCAGAUCUGGGUGAUAGCUGACAAAGUUCAAGGGAGCCACAGCCUGAGCUGUGGGACUGUCUGCCAUCGGACCGGAGUCCAGCCUACAGAACCAAAGGGACUUUCCUGGGACUACGGCAUUGGGGGAGGAUGGGAACACAUCACCGUACGAGGGAACCCAACCGAAAGCAUCAAGAUCGCAUCUCAGGAUGGUUCAAGCAGCUCUCCCCGUGACCUUCGUGGCUUAGAAGCUAAAGGAAGCUACCAGCCGCAAGCAACCUUUUUUGUAGAUGGUACCCAAGGCUUGGACAGGAACGCUGUCCAGUGUUGACAUGUCUCCAGAGACGGUGUGUUCUCUUUCCACGUUCUGCCCAUUCCGUGUGCCCUGGAUCAUGGAAGCGUCACUAAAUGCUAGGCCGGUUUUUGAACACUCGUUUGAGUGUGUGAACAGACCAGGCCAACUCCGAGCAUGCAGUCCACCCACUUACCCUUCUGUCUUGUAUCCCUGCUGGAAGACAGCAGAGCCAACCCCAUCCCCAUUGAAAUAAUGCUCCAAUCUGGGCAUCCCCCAGGUGUGUGAUUGUCAGCUCCCAGAAUUCCCCAGUCAGUAAGGCCACCAGCAAGCAUUUUGGGAGGUCAGUCUACCCCGAUGGAGAAGAUGUAAUUUGGAGACAAUGGAGAAGAUGUAAUUUGGAGACGGCUGAAUGGAGAGACUGCACAUCCAUCACUUCAAUGCUUGGUUGGGAGAACUGGAUGCUUUUUGUGCGUGAAUUCUGGUUGUGGUGUUUUAACCCUCUAAUUUAUUGACUUAGUGGUAUUUCUUAGGCCUGGUGCAAUCUGGUGUCCUACAAUAGCCCUGGAUUCACUCCUAUCAACUAAGCUUUUGUUUAUGCUGGCCAGUAUAGGAUGCAAAAUGUGAACAGGGUCAAUUAAUCCUUUCCAUAAGACCCCGCUUGGAGUAUCUUGGACUCUGAUCACUGGCUUCUCUAGAUGUGAAGUCCCCAGCUGUUGUGAGCCAGCCUCCCUCGCAGGGUUGAUGUGAGUAAACUGAGCCAGUUAGUUAAUCCUAUAGCAAGCACUACAGUUAUGUUCUUUGCUUCAAAUGCCCCAUCAGUCCUACGUUCACAAUCUACAAUCAAAUGCAUGUAAAAAAGGGGUGGGGCUUUGCUUGCAUACUUGUGGCUGCCAUUUUGACUUUUUGGACCCCCUCCCUAUGGACAGCCCUCAUUUCUGAACCACAUGUCCCCCAGCUUCCCAGACAUGAUCUCUCUAGCCUUUGGAGUUGCAUGAAGCUGUUGUCAGAAUUCAGGGCAAAUUCCAAAUUUCAGCAAUACCACCGCUGCCUCUUUUUUUUUUUUUUUUGCAGGGUGGGGGAUGCAAAGACAGUACUAAGAUAGCCCUGUGAAGCCUCCCCUAUGCUUAAUGCAUCUGUUUGACAGUUGGCUUGUCUUUUUUUUAAAUGCCACCAGUGAAGAAAAGGGCUGGAAAUUUCUGCAUCCCUGUUGUAUAGUCCUGGGUCCUGUUGACCCCAGUCAGAACGAGGAGCUGCCGAUCGACUUGUGUAUCAUCCCUUCACUAACGCUGCCUUUUUAGAGAGGCGCAGUAACGUGGCGUGGUUGCAGAGCUAUUUUGUAUUUGAAAUGGAUACCUUGACAUAUCUUUCUACUUUAGAGCCUAGAUGUAUAAAUAGAUCCAGUGCCAAGUAAACGGAGCGAAAAAUACAGGAGGGGCGGGGGUGUUUUAAGCAUGACAUUCUUAAAAAGAGGGGGGGCUGCUCCAUUUUAAAACCACUGGUGGAAGGUUUUCCAGAGCGAUAUUUUUGUAUUUAUUGCUGGAGGUAGAAAGGAAAGUCUGUGCGAAUGGGGCACGAGUGGGUCUCGAUAUAAGCGGGCACCUGUUCAUUAAAUAUAUCACAUUUAUUCGAUAUUCAAGCAAGCGCCGAAGAUACUCUGCCUUUCAAACACCAAGGAGGCAGACAGUUUUUCCUCUGCUGAGAAUGAGAAACGAGGAACAUAUGUGAACCGAAAUACUAAUUCACUGGCACCAAGAACUGAAACACGAUGAAAGGUAGAAAUGGCCCAGAUAGGACAAUAAAAUCAAGUCAGUUGU